AUAUGGGGCAUAUUACACAGUACACACCACAUUCUGCUACGUACGGUACUUUGUAUAUUAUGGUAUGACAUAGUGCAGUCUCUACUCUUUAUCAUCACAGUAAUUUGAAUUUUUCUAAUUCUGUAGCAUCUUUCGCCGUUAUGUUUAUCUUUCAAUAAUGGCGUUUUCAUUUGUGCAAUACCUGCUUCUCUGAUACAGCCACAAAAGUUUAUAUCUUGCAUGGUCAAAAUAUAAAUUUUCAUACACAGCGCAGUCUGCGCCAUAGAGUACGUGGUACUGGUUUUGUAAGCCUUUUCUCCAGCUGCAGCGAGUUUUGCAGUAAUAUUCGGCGUUCAGAAUUUUCGUUUUCGCUUCUGAUGUCACGCACAUCGUCACUACCGCCACCGUCGACAAAUGGUUGGAAAGUCCAUGUACUGCAGAAGCUAAAGAAGAGGAAUCGCACGGGAGAGGAUUUCAGACCGGUGUUUGAUGCAUAUGGGAAAUUGUUUGAGCUUGCUGAAUCGCUGAAGGUGCAGAACAAACAGUUACAGUAUCAAGUUGAAAAAUCCAAAGAUGAUACACAGAGAAACGGUUUUCGCGGAGGAAAUGUCGGAGAUCCUGACCCAGCGGAAAAAAUCAGCAUGCUGGAACAGAAGGUGUACCGGCUGCAGGAAGAGCUGACGGAAAUGCACAAGCGGAAAGGGGACAAUGCGCAACAAUUGGUUGAUAUGCGUGCUCAGCUGGAGGAAAAAGAAAUGACCCUGCACGAUAAAGACCGGAAGAUUAGAGAUCAAGAGGAUAUCAUCUACAACAUCCAGCAGGCUAUUUCUAAUUCCGAGGUGAUGCUGUUGGAUCUGGAGCAUUCCAAUCGCCUUCUGAAGGAUGAGCAACAAGCUUUAAAUGCAGCCUACAGCUGUAUCGAAGAGAAGCACCGGAAACUGGAGCAGGAAUAUGAAGAGUUGAUUGGGCGCUGGUUGAAACUGAAAGCCGAUGAAGCGGAAGAGAAGAACCGCGAAGCGGAGUCUUUUGUCCGGCGACGUAAGAGCUCUAUGUUGGAGGAGAUCAUAAAGCACAUUAGGCAGCCGGUCAAAGUGAACAUUGACGAGAGUGAUGGCUGGGAGGAAGUGGGUAUCUCGUCGGUGUACUGCGUCAGUGUUCCUUCUUUUCCUCAACUUCGACUGGAUGCUCACGAAAGUGAGGUGAAUGCUGUUAAGUGGAGUUCAACAGGACGAUUCUUUGCUACCGGUGGUGCUGAUAAAAAAGUGAAGCUAUGGGAUAGCAGCAUUCCCACGCGACCGGAGUGUCGCGGGAUUCUGACCGGUCCCAAUGCUGCCGUAAUGUCAGUGGACUUUGAUCCGGGAGAAAACCUCGUGAUGGCUGCUUCCAGUGAUUUUGCCGUGCAUCUCUGGACCAUAUUCGACCUACGCCUCAAGCACAAAUUAACGGGGCACAAAGAGAAAGUGCUGUCCAGUAAAUUCAUUUCCGGUCCCAACCGCGUGGUUUCGGGCAGCUAUGAUCGGACGCUCAAAUUAUGGGAUCUCAGAAGCGGAGCGUGUACACAAAAUUUCUUCGCCGGCUCCAGCUGCAACGACGUCGUGGUGUGCGGCAGUCAGACGAUUCUCAGUGGACACUUUGAUGGCAAAAUUCGCUACUGGGACACGAGAUGCGCCACCAGUGUCAACGAGCUGGCGCUGCAGGGAAAACUCACAUCACUAGAUCUGUCUCCAGAUGGAUUUUACGUUUUAACUUGUUCCCGGGAUGACACGCUGAGCGUGGUGGACGUGAGGAUGCGGGAAGUGACCAUGACUUUAUCUGCGGAGAAUUUCAGAGUAGGCCGCGACUGGUCGCGAGCGGUAUUUAGUCCGGACGGACAGUACGUCAUGGCCGGCUCCAAUGACGGUGUCCUGUACGUUUGGAAUGUACGAAACCGAGAAGGGGAUUAUCUGGAGAAAAUGCUCAAAGAGCAUCCUACCACCAUCACGGGCUGCUCAUGGCAUCCACAAGGCAGCCAACUGUUGACCGGUGAUCGCAGUCAGCGCGUUAUUGUGUGGGGUGAUAUGGAGAUUCGUGGAUGAAUUUUCUCGGUGCUUUCGCUUAUUGCCUUUAGCUUUAAAGCUCAUAGAUGUGCUUUCUUAUGUCAGAGACCGCUGCCUCGAGGCGGUAGACACCUCUUGUGGCUUGCUCUGUCGCCCGCCCGCACAUAACCACGCCAUUCGUGCCGCGUUAUUACGCUGCUUACUCAGCGUUCACUUUGUCUCGCUGACCAAUCAGCGCAUCGCAGCACUCUUGGGGGCGUAGCCCAGCGCCUACGAGCGAUUCCAUGCUUUGCGGCAUCAGCUGUUCCAUACCUGCAGCACGCUGAAUCAUUAUCACGAUUCUUACGAGCGCGCUUGCAGCCACUUUUUCCACAGCUUUUCCCUAUCGGGUUUUCUGUUGGUUUUUGUGUUGUUGCUUUAUUGUUAUCACAAUAAAGCUAUUUGCCCCAUUUUCCAUCUGCUUCUGUGUCAUAUCUGACGCUUAUGAGCCUUGCAUUGAUUGUAUGUAUCUUCGUGUAUAGGCUGCUCCUUAUGCAGAAAUUUCGGUACAGCUUGGUAUAAAGUCCGCAUGUUAUGAAAUGGAUUAUUUUGUUACGAGUUACUGUGUCUGCCAAAACAGGACUCACUUAACUGGCUAAAUUGCCUAUCUCUAUAUUACAACAACCCCGUAAC